GUGAAAGAUGCAUGCUCAGAUAUACUCAGAAAAGCACAAUGCAAUAUGAGGUACCUGUUGAAAAAGAAAUACUUCAAUGGUGUACCAGCCAGUCAGGUGAGAACAACUUCACCAGUGGCUAGUAUGACCGAUGAGCACUGGACAAAGCUUGUGGAGAUGUGGUCUGACCCAAAGCACAAGGAGAAGUGUUUGAAGCUAAAAGCUAACCGUGAGAAAGUGAAGUUACAACAAAAGACUGGAUCUCGGUCCUACAUAGCUCAUUGCCAUGCUGUGAAGCAAGCUAAAUAUAAGGAUGCACCCCCUACAGUGAUUGACCUAUUCAAGGAAACCCACUGCAGCAGCAAGACAGGUUUUAGUGAAGAGGCAAGGAACAAAAUCGCUGAAAUGGAGGCAAGAGCUGCAGCUCCACCAAAAGAUGGGCAAGAUACACUGACCCUUACUCAAGUUGUACAUGAAGUUAUGCCGAAGUCAACCUUCCUUCGCAAUGUUGGUAUGCAACCUACUAAGACAGGGAACAAAGCUGCUAGAGUUGAUGCACGUGUACAAGAGCUUGAGAAUGAACUAGUGGCUGAGAAGGAAGAAGCAGCAUUAGCUCGUGCUCAGGUUCUAGCUGAGUUAGAGGAGGAAAGGGCUGCAAGAAAGAAGGUGGAAGAAGAUCAAGAGAUGUUAAGGAAGCAAAUAGGUGAGAUGCACGGAUUCUUCCGUUCUUUCCUUGGUACCCAACCAGCACCAUCACAAGAGUAAGUUUCUGGGAUACCCAACAGCUAAUUGUGAAGUCCAGCUGUUCUGGACAAUAGACUUGAUUUUGGAGGUGUUGUUGAUUAUUUGUGGUCUAGUAAUCAACUGAAGACCUGAGAUCUAUUUUGGCACUUGUAUGUGAUGUUACAUGAGGCUGCAGAUAUGAACUGUGAACUUACUCAUGUGAACUUAUUUGAGAUGGCUGUGGUUUUCUAUGUGUAAUGUCAUGUGAAUUUGGAUUAUGCCUGGAGAUGGCUAUUCAUGUGUAAUUUUCUGUGACUUUAGACUAUGACCAAGUGAUAUAUUUGGUGCAAUUCAAUUUGUAA